GUUGAUAUUCACUCGUGUCAUUCGGGUGAUAUCUCAGGCCUAUAUUCUCGAAAAUAAUCAAUCUCCCAGCUGCACUCCAGGCAAUAAGCUAUGGCCCCAAUUAGCUCACCAGAGCGCCUUCUGAAUCAAUGGUUUCCCCACACAACCACCCCGUUUAUCGCGAAUGCACCGAUGCUUGGAUUUACUGACUGCCGCUUGGCUGGUGCUGUUACUAAAGCUGGUGGGUUAGGCUUCAUUGGGGGCGGCUUUAACUUCGAACCCGAGUCAACCCAGCUCGCGAAUCUCGAUGCGCGCUUAACACAAGCGCGUGCGGAGCUUGGGAUCACCGCCUCAACAUCGACGCUCCCUAUUGGCAUAGGAUUUAUCACGUUUACUCCAACCGGAUUUGAAGAAAAUGCCGUGGCCAUUCUCGAAAAGCAUAGGGUCGCCGCGGUCUGGUUGUCAUUCCCCAAAUCGGACGCUGACCACCGGCCUCUCAUAGAGGCGAUUCGCAUCGUCCAGAGCAAGGGCCAUUGGGAUGUGAAGAUUUUUGUCCAAGUAGGCACUGUCGAAGCUGCUAAACAGGCUUUGGCGCAGGGAGUCGAUGUCCUAGUCGUCCAAGGCGUCGAUGCAGGCGGACACCAGUGGGCCCAGGGGGCUAGUUUGAUGUCGCUCCUACCCGAGGUACGAGAUCUGGUGGCGAAGAGCGCAAGAGCAAACGAUGUUGUUAUCCUGGCUGCUGGCGGUAUUGUGGACGGACGAGGAUGUUUGGCUGCCCUGAGCUUAGGCGCGGACGGCAUUGUUAUGGGGACGAGGUUCAUGGCUACCUCCGAAUGUCCCGCUCCUCUCUCCAUGAAAGAGUCGAUAAUAGCUGCUACUGAUGGCGGUGUCACAACCAUCAAGACGACCAAGCACGACGUCUUCCAGUCUACUGACGUGUUUCCUAGACAGUAUGAUGGACGCGCUAUAAUUGGGAUUAGCUAUAACGAGUCCCAUGCUGGCGCUAGUGAUGAAGAGAUCAUCCAACGGUAUAACGAGGCUAGAGACCAGGGGGAUGAUCAGAGACGCACAGUGUGGGCAGGCACAGGAGUUGGAAUUAUUGACAAGAUUGUAUCGGUUGAGGAGUUGAUCAAGGGUAUUCAACAAGAAACAAAAUUGGCCGUUGCAAGGGUUUUGGAAAGAAUCUAGAUCAGUAGCUAGCAUAGCCAGUGCUGUGAAGCUAUUUAGCUAUUGAGCUCUUUUGAUCGCCAUACUCGACGAUGGAAGCAUUUCCCUACUAUUUCUGUGAACCCUUUUCAUUGUUUCUCAUCGAAAGCAGCGAGUGCUGAGUACAAGAUGUGUAUACCCAUUGGGUAAUCUAUAUCUCAGCAUUAGGAUUGAUGAUUAGCA